UGAUUUUUCGUCGAUAUCUCCGUCAAUAACUCAAGCUGGUCCACAGCUUUCGUCAAACAGUCUGUAAAAGUCAAAUACGGGGUAUACGUUGGUGUAUGUGCCAUAAACGGGUUACAAACAGCUCGUCUUUAGUAAGCGCUUUUCCAUGUCACUUGCAAGGCCUUCGUUUCCCAAAAUGCUUUGUGUUUCCGUGACUUUUGACCUCUGGAUAAAAACAAGCCGAUCAGCUGAUGUAAAAGCAGCAACAUCUACAGGGGUCUGACACAAUAACAGCUUGCUAACUUUGCCCCCCCUCCAGCGUCAGCUCUCCGUGGCAUUCGGCGGUAUGGUGUUAGGCAGUGUACGUGUCCACUUUUAGACUGUGUCGAUUCAGCAGGUUAUUUAACGAGACAGCCGUCGGACUGGUAGCAACUGUUAGGUCAGUCGACUCAAAAGAAGGUUGUUUGUUUCAGGAGUGUCUCUUUGUGUGAAUGCUGUUAGCUAAUGACUCUUUACUACUGAGUUUGAAUGCCUGUUUUUAGGCAUUUUUAAUGUAUAGAACAGUGUGGGAUACUCUCAUGUAGAAAGUUAGCGUUACCAGAACAAGAAAACAGAUGCCGGCCAGCUAUUGUUAGCUACAGAGCUGUUGUGUCAAAAGGGGAUUCCUGACCUCACAGGUUUGAGAUGAGUGGUCAAGGUCCAGCUGUAAACAAAGGAAUGAGCACCAUCCUGGUCUGUCAGGAGAGCUAUGCCUGUGGGGGCUCGGACGAGGCUGUGUUUGAAUGCGAUGAGUGUGGCAGCUUGCAGUGUGCCCGCUGUGAACUGGAGCUACAUCGGCAGGAGCGCAUGAGGAAUCACGACCGGGUUCGGGUCGCCUCGGGCCACGUUCCUUUCUGUGACUCCUGCAAAGGGGAUGGCAGCUGCUCUGGGAGACUCAGAGCGGUGGUCCGCUGCCAGGGCUGUAAGAUCAACCUGUGUUUGGAUUGCCAAAAACGCACCCAUGGGGGAGUCAACAAGAGGAAGCACCCUCUGGUAUCUUACCCACCUGCCAAAGCUCCUCAAGAGAACAGUGUCAGUGCUGGGGAGAGUGAAAUGGAAAUCCUCAAAUCUAAACUGGAGAAGGUGCGCAGCUUCCUGCUAGUGGAUGAGAAGGAGGAAAUGCAGGUGAAGGAUGAGGAGGACUUUGUCAGCAGACUACUGGGUUGUAGUCCAGAUGAACUUCUCAAGGUGGUCUCCAUUUUUGGGAACACUGGUGAGGGAAAAUCCUACACCCUGAACCAUACAUUCUUUCUUGGGAGAGAAGUGUUCAAGACGUCUCCCACUCAGGAGUCCUGCACUGUAGGUGUUUGGGCAGCUAUGGACCCUCUGCAUCGGGUUGUAGUCAUCGAUACAGAGGGACUGCUUGGAGCUGGGGCUAAUCAGGGUCAGAGAACUCGGCUGCUCCUCAAGGUCCUGGCUAUCUCUGAUGUGGUAAUCUACCGGACACACGCUGACCGUCUCCAUGACGAUCUCUUCAAGUUCCUUGGUGAUGCAUCAGAUGCCUACCUGAAACAUUUCACUAGAGAAUUAAAGGCAACUACCAAUCGCUGUGGUCUUGAUGUACCGUUGUCCACCCUGGGCCCCGCGGUGAUCAUCUUCCACGAGACUGUCCACACCAAUCUACUAGGAUCAGACGCGCCCUCAGAAUCUGCUGAGCGCCUUAUCCAGGAGCGUUUCAGGAAGCUGGGCUUAUUUCCGGAAGCAUUCAGCUCCAUCCAGUACCGUGGGACUCGAACCUACAACCCUCCCACGGACUUCAGUGGUUUGCUCCGCAGCCUGGAGCAGCAGCUGGACAACAAUACGACACGUUCGCCACGAUCUGCCAGUGUCAUCUUCAAGGCCCUGCAGGCCCUGAGUGAGCGCUUCAGUGGGGAGAUUCCAGAUGAACAUAUGACCAGUAACUCCUUCUUUCCAGAUGAAUACUUUACCUGCUCCAGCAUCUGCCUCAGUUGUGGGUCAGGCUGUAAGAGGAGCAUGAAUCACCUAAAGGAAGGUCUUGACCAUGAAGCCAAACAUCGCUGCCGGUACUCUGCACAGUACGACAACCGCAUCUACACAUGCAAGGCCUGCUACGAAAGGGGAAAGGAAGUCAUAGUGGUUCCCAAAACGACGGCCUCGUCUGACUCGCCGUGGUUUGGCUUGGCCAUCUACGCUUGGUCAGGGUAUGUCAUUGAGUGUCCCAACUGUUCAGUGAUCUACAGAAGCAGGCAGUACUGGUAUGGAAACCAGGACCCAGUGGAAACAGUGGUCAGAACAGAAAUCCAGCACAUCUGGCCUGGGUCUGAUGGCUUUUUGAAAGACAACAACAACGCUGCUCAGAGGUUGUUGGACGGAGUCAAAUACAUUUCUCAGUCUGUGUCUGAACUCAGCGUCAAGCCUGCCAAAGCGGUCACUUCCUGGCUCACUGACCAAAUUGCUCCUGCCUACUGGAAACCCAAUUCCCUCAUCCUGAAAUGUCAUAAAUGUGGGGAGGAGUUCCAGCCCAACGACACCAAGCACCACUGCCGUGCCUGCGGAGAGGGCUUCUGUGACGCCUGCUCCUCCAAAACCCGGCCGGUCCCUGAGAGGGGCUGGGGUCUUGCGCCUGUUAGGGUCUGUGAUGCGUGUUUCCACAACAGAGGAAUUCCAACUGAGUUGCUGGACGCUGCGUUGGAGGAGGAGGGAGGCACCCUGAUAGCGAGGAAGGUUGGAGAGGCUGUCCAGAACACUUUGGGGGCUGUAGUUGGUGCCAUCGAUAUACCUCUUGGGCUAGUGAAGGACGCAGCUCGGCCGGCCUACUGGGUGCCAGAUCAGGACAUCCACUCUUGUUGCGAGUGCCAAAGGGAGUUCUCACCACGUCUCUCCAUCCACCACUGUCGCGCCUGUGGGCAGGGCGUGUGCGAUGACUGCUCCCAGGAGCGGCGCCCCGUGCCGUCCCGUGGAUGGGACCACCCCGUGAGGGUCUGCAACGGCUGCAACCAGAAAACAGGGGAACUCUAGCAGGACUCAAUGGAGCAAUUAAAGAUGCCAGCGUUUGUGGAAACUGGAAUCUGCGACAUCUUGAGUCUAACAGGUUUCAUUGGGGGUAUUUUUGUUUUUCUGGAUGCCUCUAGACUGUACAGGUGGGACUCGUUUAUUAUUUGUUAGUGCUGGCCUCAUGUAACAUCAGUCCAUCGAUCGCUUUUCUCUUUAAUAUGCCUAUAAUUUACACUGUGAAGACAGGCCAGAGCAAGGCUUGAAUAUUAUAAGGACAGGAGAGAAAAAGAACAGAGAGAUGAUCAAAGUGAGUUUUGUACAAGCUUGCUUACAAAUGACUUCAGGUAAAUUUCCAUGUUGCUCUGUAGAUCCGUUCAGAUUUGUAUUCUUGCACACUAAUCCCUGCACACCCUCUACGUGAUAUGCUAGUACCAUUAGCUCCUUUUGCCUGGUUUGGAGCUACAUAUUUAAGCCUUUUAAAAAAUACAAGUACUGACCUGUUUUUUCUUUUUCAUAGCAUUUCCAGGUAAUCAUGUCUUAUUAGUUCUAAAAUGGUUUGUGCAGGUGAUCUGGAUAUAAUAUUUAGGACCAGCUUUAGAUAGAACACCUCAAAAGUCAUCAACCACAGUGAAUUCUGAUCCCUUUCUUUUGAAAUACUGAGGUAGAUUACCUCUAAUUCACCCCUGCUAGAGCUACUUUUCUUUCGUCUUGGCUUCACAGGGACUAUAUUAGAUCAUUAUAUCGGAAGCCACUGAUGUACUGUAGCAGCAAGAUGCAUUCCAACAUAUAUAAUUCGUAAUUACUACUUAAAUAGUCCCAUUGAUUAUUUGUGGUUGUUUGUGAAUUUGAAUGGGCAGAUUUAAAACAAACAAAAAAAACAAGAACAGCCUUAAUAAUGCUGUCCAUGUUAACUGUUUGAAUUCUACUUAGUAUGCAUAUAUAUGGGAAAAAUGUUUACUUUAAUAGGGAAUUUUCUUUUUAAUUGCCUCAUUUUAUUUUUAAAUGUCAUAACUGCAUAUCAGGACAAAUCUGACUAAGGUGGGAUUCAAUGCAACAAAAACUGCUUUAUAGUGGCUGGAUCACAGUAGGGACUUAACACAGUUGAGGUUUCAAACCAUGUUUGGGGCUGGCCCCUCAAAACAGAGAUCAUUAGUAAGAGUAGUGUUUUACUGUCAGCUCAGGCUGCGUCGCUCUUCUUUGUCAGCAACAUUCAAGGUUGCUUGUAUUUCAACAGGACUGUACAGAGUAUCUGACCUGAUUACUAUUAAAUGAAGAUGACACUUGAUGCAUUCAGGCUUUCUAAUGAAUAUCUUGGUAUUAUGAGAUUUGACUGUGUAAGAUUUUUUUUUUUGUUUGUUUGUUUCUUGUUAACGAACUGGAAGAGUUGGUUUGCUUGUGAUCAAUCAGAUAAGCUGAAAUAACAGACUUCAACAUGAAUAAUAGAUUUAUCCUGUCUCAAACAGAGAUCAAUGACUAUAGAUAUCACAUGGAACCAAUCAAUACCUUGUAUUUAUGUAUGCUCAUACAUAUGUAUUAAACAGUGGAAUCUUAA